AUGGUAUCAGAUGCAUAUGCAGAUGGUAAUCAGGAAACUUCAUUCGAUCAGAAUAUGGAACAAGAGCCUAAUGCUGAGGCUAAAAGGUUUUACAAUAUUUUGGAUGCUGCCAAACAUCCAAUUUAUGAUGGAUGUAAAGAAGGUCUUUCACAACUUUCUUUAGCAGCUCGACUCAUGAGUUUGAAGACAGAUUAUAAUUUGCCUCAAAAUUGUAUGGAUUCGAUUUCUCAGAUGAUGCAAGAGUAUUUGCCACAAGGUAACAAUUCAAUGAAUUCUUACUAUGAUAUAAAGAAGCUUAUGCGGUCUUUAGGUUUACCUUAUCAGAAAAUUGAUGUUUGCCAAGAUAAUUGUAUGCUAUUUUGGAAGGAUUCCGCAAACCUAGAAAACUGUCUAUUCUGCAAAAAAGACAGAUAUCGACCUACUCAAAAGUCUGGACAGAAAAAGGUUGCAUACAACAAAAUGUUUUAUUUGCCGGUUGGAGAUAGAUUGAAGCGAUUAUAUCAAUCUAAUAAUACUGCAAGAGACAUGAGAUGGCACGCAGAACAUACAAUGAAUGGUGGAGAAAUGUGUCAUCCUUCAGAUGGAGAAGCAUGGAAACAUUUUCUUGAGGUAUAUCCUGAAUUUGCAUCUGAGUCGAGAAAUAUUUACCUUGGGUUAUGCACGGAUGGUUUUAAUCCAUUUGGUAUGUCUGGACAUAAUUAUUCGCUAUGGCCUGUUAUUCUGACUCCGUAUAAUAUGCCACCUGAGAUGUGCAUGAAACAAGAAUUUAUGUUUCUAACCAUUCUAGUCCCUGGUCCUAAUCAUCCUAAGAGAAGUCUUGAUAUAUUUCUUCAGCCACUGAUAGAAGAGUUAAAGGAUCUGUGGGUUAAUGGGAUUGAGGCCUAUGAUAUUUCUACUAAGGAGAACUUUAUCUUACGAGCUGUGCUUAUGUGGACAAUAAGUGACUUUCCUGCUUAUGCUAUGCUUUCUGGAUGGACAACUCAUGGUCGAUUGGCAUGCCCUUAUUGUAUGGACCAGACUGAUGCAUUUCAGUUGAAGAAUGGCAGAAAAACAAGUUGGUUUGAUUGUCAUCGUCGUUUUCUACCAGCAGAUCAUAGCUAUCGGCGCAAUAGGAAAAAAUUUAAAAGAGGGAGGGUUGUGACUGACGAUCCACCUGAGUUGCUUACAGGCGAGGAAAUAUGGAACGAGGUAAAUGGUUUGCCAAAAACAGUUGAUUGCGGAGGAAACCAUGGGCGCUUAAAGGGUUAUGGUGACAUUCACAACUGGCACAAGCAAAGCAUUUUUUGGGAGUUACCUUACUGGAAGAACCAUAAACUUCGACACAAUCUUGAUGUGAUGCAUAUAGAAAAGAAUUUUUUCGAUAAUAUCAUCAAUACUCUACUGAAUGUUCCAGGAAAAACAAAGGAUGGCAUCAAAUCACGACUUGAUUUGGAAGAGUAUUGUAACAGGAAAGAUCUACACUUAACAACUGAUGGCAAGGUUCCCAUUCCAAUUUUCAGACUACAAACUGAUGCAAAAACAGCUUUCUUAAUGACUACGUAUUAG